AUGCCUUCCGACUGCUACUCUGAGAGUAACAUCUCUUCGACAAACAUUCAUCUAUGGCCGGUGUACAAAAUAUUUGGCUACAUGUGUCGCACACCCAACUUCAGACCCCAUGUGGAUGAUAUAGCCAGGUGCUGCAAGAAACAUGGCAGGUGCUACAAUGAGGCGAAGAAGGUUGGAGGCUGUAAAAUUUCCGGAGACAACCCCUACGCCAUCUCCUACUCAUAUUCCUGCUCUGGGAGGAAGUUCGUCUGCAGUGAUGAAAACAAUGCCUGUGAGGCCGCCACCUGCAACUGUAACCGCAAGGCCGCCAUCUGCAUCUUCAGGGAAUUUUCCGACACGAUGUUUGAAGAAGUUGGCUUCAAUACCUUCUGUUAG